UGCUUCUGAGAAGCCGAGCUGGGUAAGCCCUGUUCCCAGAGGCAGUUGCUGCUGACCCUAUAAGUCAAAGGAAGAAAUAGCUGGCUAAGCUCAACAUUGGUACUGGUGGCCACCAUGUCCUUGAAGAUCCAGACAAGCAAUGUAACCAACAAGAAUGAUCCCAAAUCCAUCAAUUCUCGAGUCUUCAUUGGAAACCUAAACACAGCUGUGGUGAAGAAAUCAGAUGUGGAGACCAUCUUUUCCAAAUAUGGCCGUGUGGCCGGCUGUUCUGUGCACAAAGGAUAUGCCUUUGUUCAGUACUCUAAUGAGCGCCAUGCCCGGGCAGCUGUGCUGGGAGAGAAUGGACGGGUGCUGGCUGGGCAGACCCUGGACAUCAACAUGGCUGGGGAACCCAAGCCCAACAGACCCAAAGGGCUAAAGAGAGCAGCAUCUGCCCUAUACAGACUCUUUGACUAUCGAGGUCGCCUGUCACCAGUGCCAGUGCCCAGGGCAGUUCCUGUGAAACGACCCCGUGUCACAGUUCCUUUGGUCCGUCGUGUCAAAACUACCAUCCCUGUCAAGCUCUUUGCCCGUUCCGGAGGCAUGACUACCAGCUCAGCCAAGAUCAAGUUAAAGAGCAGUGAGCUGCAGAUCAUCAAGACAGAAUUGACCCAGAUCAAGUCCAACAUUGAUGCUCUCUUGGGCCGCUUGGAUCAGAUUGCUGAGGAGCAAAAGGCCAACCCAGAUGGCAAGAAGAAAGGUGACAACAGCAGUGGUGGUGGCGGUGGCAGUGGCAGUGGCAGUGGCAGCGGUGGCAGCAGCACCAGUAUCAGCAGGCCACCCCCACCCCCAGAAGACACACCCGAGGCAGGCAUCACCCAGGAAGAACCCCAGACUCGAGAUGAUUGUGAUGAGGAGGGGCUUCUGACGCAUAGCGAGGAAGAGCUGCCUGACAGGAGCAUUGGCCACCAGCAGGAGAAGGGCAUCACUGUCCAAGGCCUCACACCAGGCACCCACUCCCUGGAUGCCAACUUGUAGCGGGUACCAGAGGAAAGCUGGCAACAGGCACUCCUGGCCUCCCUAUGCAUCCCAGGCUGGUACCUCGUCUUCUGCAGGUGGAGUUAUUGGCUACCCUUCCCCCCAUGCACCCUCCCUGUCUGCACUGUCCAGGCCAGAGGGCAGAGCACAGGGGGUUCCUCACACUCUGCCUCCCCUCCCCAGGACAUUCCUAGGCUUGGGGGUUUUCUAUAGGUUUGGAUGGGUGGGUGGUAAAGGAUGGGGACCUUGACAAUAAAGAGAUUGG